GUUUGUGUGGUCAAGCCUUUUUGCAGUAGUUGAACAGUAAUACGCCAUUUUCACAUAGUAAUGCCAAUAUCUCCAUUGGAACACACGAAAAAUCAAAGAUCAAAUUGCCCCCUUCAAUUCAAUGGCCUUCAUUUUCUCAUUUUGAUGUUACUUGGGUUUUACUCAAUCUUGUGUGUGUAUAUAUAAGGAACUAAGAUUCCCCAAAUACUUAAAAAAAGAUUCAGAGGAAGAAAUUUAAGAAACAUAUUAAAGAUUCUUACUUUAUUUGUGUUCUUCUAUGGCUGAUAUAAUGGGAUUUUCUCUUAACUCUUUACGCUUCUGUUCUUCUUCUUCUUCUUCUUCUUCUUCUUCUUCUUCUGCUUCAAAUUCUUCAUUGUUCACCUCAUUCUCUUCAUCUUUGAAUUCUAUCCAAACAUCAAAUCAAAAGCUGCAUAAAAGGGCUGUCUCCCUUUCUGAUUCUCCUUCAACCUCUGUGGAUUUCGUUUCCGGAAUUUCUUUAAGGCCCAACAAGCGAUUUCCUGCUCUUAAGGUACAUGCUACCGUUACUCGAACAGAGGAACCAAAAUGGUGGGAGCGAAAUGCAGGGCCUAACAUGGUUGACAUUCAUUCGACACAAGAAUUCCUUGAUGCUCUUAGUCAGGCUGGAGAAAGACUUGUUAUUGUAGAAUUCUAUGGAACAUGGUGUGCUUCCUGCAAAGCACUAUUUCCAAAGCUCUGCAGAAUUGCCCAGGAGAACCCCGAAAUCAUGUUUCUGAAAGUGAAUUUUGAUGCAAAUAAGCCAAUGUGCAAGGCUUUGAAUGUAAAAGUCCUUCCAUAUUUCCAUUUCUAUCGCGGAGCUGAUGGACAACUAGAGUCCUUCUCUUGCUCACUGGCCAAAUUUCAGAAGAUAAAAGAUGCAAUACAAUUACAUAACACAGCCCGUUGCAGUAUUGGCCCGCCAAUAGGAGUGGGAGAUCUCACACUUGAACUCCUUUCUGGGACCAAGUGAUAUACCUGCCGCAGCUUCUUCUGAACUGCUUACUUGUUUCAUCUCUGUAUCAAUAGCUUGCACUCGAAUAGCCACAUAAUCUAUCUGUAUCUGUUGAAACUCUAUAGUCAUUUUUCAUUUUUUGGUUGCUACAUUUUGCGCCAUUCUAGGUAAUGUAGUAAUAUACUCCAUUCUUUGAGACGAUUGUGGUAGUAAUACUUGCAGCAUAUAUAGAUGGAAUUUUGUUCAUUAAUUAUGUGGAAAAAGUUAGUCGAAAACA